UUGCUACAGCUGUUGUAAAGUGACACUGACACACGUCAACACGAAUACAAUUUGUACGAUUCGUUUUGUUGUACAUUUUCAGCUAUUUUCUUUCUAUUUUUCUUGUAUUAUCCAUUGAUAGAAGUGAAUAAAAUACAAUGGCUACUAUGAACCCGGCAACCCCAGGUGUGCCGCAGGUGCCGCUGCUGGACGACACCAUCGCCUUCGGGGACGAGGACAACGCUGGGAAACAGUUUGUCCACCCGUACAUAGUGUUCUUCCACCUGGUGUUCCGCUGCUCGGCCAUCGUGGUGUACAUCCUGUGCGGCUGGUUCUCCGACUCCUUCAUCGCCAGCUUCGUGCUCGUCAUCCUGCUGCUGUCCGCCGACUUCUGGACUGUGAAGAAUAUUACUGGGCGGCUGCUGGUGGGGCUGCGUUGGUGGAACUACGUGGAUGACGACGGCAAGUCGCACUGGGUCUUCGAGUCCAAGCAGGUAAAUAACCGCGUGAACCAGAACGAGUCGCGCCUGUUCUGGCUGGGGCUCAUCCUGUGCCCGCUCAUCUGGACCGGCUUCCUCUUCAUCAGCCUGCUCAGCUUGAAGUUUAAGUGGAUGCUGCUAGUGCUAAUCGCGCUAACACUGACCGGCGCCAAUCUCUACGGCUACAUCAAGUGCAAGUUUGGAGCCAAAGAGAACCUCAAGUCUGCCACUACGGACUUCAUGAAGAAACAGUUCCUUCAGAAUGCCACCUCGUUUAUGUUCACCCCCGCGCCGCCCCCCACAACGGCCAAUAGUGGGGUGGUUUAGGGGGUAGGCUAUGUGAGAAUU